AUGGAGCUUUUAAGUCUAAGCAAUAGUUUGGUUCCUAAGGAUAUUUACAAAGUAUUUGAUUUGAAUAAUAUAUGUGCUCUUUUAGAUAAAUUCUAUUCUACAGAUUUUAGUGAGCAUAAGAAAAUUAAUUUGAGAUAUCAACUUCAACACUUUCAUCUUGAUGUUGUUGGUCAUCCGGAUUUAAAUAACUUGUCAACUAUGUCUGAAUUGUGUCAAGCUCUAAAAAAGACAGUGAAGACAAAUACAUAUUAUUUGAUUGAUCGAUUUAUCCGUGUUAUCUUAACUCUUCCAGUUUCUACAGCUACUAUAGAAAGAUCAUUCUCAGCAAUGAAGAUAAUCAAGACAUUGCGCAAUAAGAUGGAGGAUGAAUUUCUUACCGACAAUAUGAUGCUUUACAUUGAAAAGGAAAUAGCUGAACACUUCACAAUUGAUUCAAUUAUUGAUGAGAUCAAGUCUUUAAAAGAGCGGAAGGUCUUUGCUGUUAAGCCUGCUGUCAGGGGGCAAGUCAGGGAUUUUUGGUCUAGCAGGUUGCUUAAGGCCAAUAGUCCUGCAGUCCUGCUAGUGACUGAGUUGACUUGGUAUUCCUUUGCUGAGUUUAAAGCAUUCUUCAUUUACAAGUGCAGGCUGCAGAGAAUUAGAAUCAGUAUCGGCUCAAUACUACAUUUAUAUAUUGAUUUGAAUGUAACAUAUCGUUUAGCUCUGAUACUCAAGAAAGAGCUGAGUUUAAAAUUCUACUCUGCCUUUAUUUAUACUGAUCUUCCCAACAUUUAG